AUGCUUUCCCGGGCGGCGAGACCAGCUCUGCGAGCUGCAGCUGCGGCUCCCUCGCGAGUUACGGCCAGCGCGCCCACCAACGCUGCCAACUUCGCGACCCUCCGUGAAAUCGAAGGCCGCCUCAAGUCCAUUCGCAACAUCGAGAAGAUCACCAAGACGAUGAAGAUUGUCGCAUCGACCAAGCUCAACCGCGCCCAGAAGGCUAUGACCGACUCUCGCGUCUACGGCGCCACCUCCAAUGAAGUCUUCGACUCCGCCGAGACCAAGCCCCUCGAGGGCGAGGGCAAGAGAGAGCUCAUCAUCAUCUGCUCCUCCGACAAGGGUCUCUGCGGUGGUAUUCACUCCGGUCUCUCCCGUACCAUCCGCCGCGGGUUCGCCGAGAAGAACGCUACUGCCGACCUCGUCAUCCUCGGUGAGAAGUGCAAGGCCCAGCUUCAGCGCACCAACGCCAAGGACAUCCGCCUCUCCUUCGCCGGCGUCGGCAAGGACGUCCCCACCUUUUCUGAUGCCUCUGCCAUCGCCGACCAGAUCGUCCAGCUCGCUGGCGACUACUCCUCCAUCAAGAUCCUCCACAACAAGUUCAUCAACGCCACCAGCUACGAGCCUGUCACUAUUGAGGCAUUUUCCGAGGAGGCCAUCACCCAGUCUCCCAACUUCUCCGCCUUCGAGGUCGAUGAGGAGCUCAUCCCCAACCUUCGCGAGUACGCUCUUGCCAACUCCAUCUACUGGGCUCUGGCCGAGGCUCACGCGUGCGAGAUCUCUGCCCGUAGAAACGCCAUGGACAACGCCUCCAAGAACGCUGGUGAGAUGAUCAGCAAGUACCAGAUUCUGUUCAACCGUACCCGUCAAGCCGUCAUUACCGGAGAGCUGGUUGAGAUUAUCACUGGUGCCACUGCCUCCGAGGACAUGUAA